GUAAUAUUCGUGUUGCCGGCACAACGUUCAACUUUUAGAAUUUAAUUUAAAACAGCAUUUUUACAAUGUCGCAGGCGCAGUCGAAUAAUGAUUCACGCGUGCCCGAUGAGGAGAGCGAUCUGCUGCAAAUCAAGCCGCUUGGAGCUGGUCAGGAAGUGGGACGCUCCUGCAUUAUGCUGGAGUUUAAGGGCAAAAAAAUAAUGCUGGACUGCGGUAUACAUCCAGGACUAACUGGCAUGGAUGCUCUACCUUAUGUGGACUUGAUUGAAGCGGAUGAAAUUGAUUUACUAUUCAUAUCACAUUUCCACUUGGACCACUGUGGUGCCCUGCCCUGGUUCCUCAUGAAGACCAGCUUCCGUGGUCGCUGCUUUAUGACACACGCCACCAAAGCCAUUUAUCGCUGGAUGCUCUCAGAUUACAUUAAAAUCAGUAAUAUAAGCACCGAGCAAAUGCUGUACACUGAAGCUGACCUCGAAGCUUCCAUGGAGAAGAUCGAGACAAUUAAUUUUCAUGAGGAACGUGAUGUCAUGGGUGUGCGAUUCUGUGCCUACAAUGCUGGUCAUGUUCUGGGUGCAGCCAUGUUUAUGAUUGAAAUCGCUGGUAUCAAGAUCUUGUAUACUGGUGACUUCUCACGCCAAGAGGAUCGUCACUUGAUGGCUGCCGAAGUGCCGCCCAAGAAACCGGAUGUGCUUAUCACCGAAUCCACAUACGGCACACAUAUUCAUGAGAAGCGUGAGGAUCGGGAGAGUCGCUUCACAUCACUGGUGCAGAAGAUUGUGAUGCAGGGCGGUCGCUGCCUCAUUCCGGUCUUUGCAUUGGGUCGAGCACAGGAGCUCCUCUUGAUAUUGGACGAGUUCUGGUCGCAGAAUCCCGAUCUCCACGAGAUACCCAUAUACUAUGCGUCCUCGCUGGCCAAGAAGUGCAUGGCUGUCUAUCAGACGUACAUCAAUGCCAUGAACGAUCGCAUCCGUCGUCAGAUUGCCGUAAAUAAUCCAUUUGUCUUUCGUCACAUAUCCAAUCUGAAGGGCAUCGAUCACUUUGAUGAUAUUGGACCCUGUGUGAUCAUGGCCUCGCCGGGUAUGAUGCAGUCCGGCUUAUCGCGUGAGCUGUUCGAGAGUUGGUGCACCGAUCCCAAGAAUGGCGUCAUUAUAGCUGGUUAUUGCGUGGAGGGCACGUUGGCCAAGACCAUUCUCUCCGAGCCGGAGGAGAUCACAACAAUUUCUGGACAAAAGUUGCCGCUUAACAUGUCCGUCGAUUACAUUUCCUUCUCGGCACACACAGAUUACCAGCAGACCAGCGAAUUUAUACGCCUGUUGCGGCCCAAUCAUGUGGUUCUCGUCCAUGGUGAACAGAAUGAGAUGUCACGUCUGAAGCUGGCGCUGCAGCGCGAAUAUGAAGCGGACGCCAGCACGGACAUCAAGUUCUAUAAUCCCCGCAAUACGCAUGCAGUCGAUCUCUACUUUCGUGGAGAGAAGACGGCCAAGGUCAUGGGUCAUCUGGCGGCCAAGAAGCCCGAGGUGGGCAGCAAACUGUCCGGCGUGCUGGUCAAGCGCGACUUCAAGUAUCACCUGCUGGCACCCUCCGAUCUUGGCAAAUACACGGACAUGAGCAUGUCUGUGGUCACGCAGCGACAAUCAAUACCCUGGACCAGUUCGUUGUCCACACUGCAACUACUGCUGGAUCGCAUAGGAGCCGGAUGUGUAGAGAUCAUUGAGCCGGAACGCAAGCUGCGUGUAUUCAAUUGUGUCGAACUGACCGUGGAGCAAAAGAUUAUCAUCAUGGAGUGGCAGGCGACGCAUGUGAAUGAUGUCUACGCCGAUGCCGUGCUCGCCUGCCUCAUGCAAUCCGAACUGGGUGGCACCAACAUCAAGGGUGCCACCAAGCAGACCAAAACAGAGGAAUCCCGCUUCCGCGAGUGCCUCAUCGAGACGCUGCAGGACACCUUUGGGGACACUUGUGUGCCUAAAAUAUUCAAGGGGGAUCUGCUGCCGGUGACAGUGAGUGGGAAGCAUGCAGAGAUCAAUCUGGAGACGCUGACUGUCAAUUGUACCGAGGACGAGGUGCUCCGCCAAAUGCUGAACACCACUGUGCAGAAGCUUCACCAGACACUGGUGUCAGCCUAUUAACCGAAUUGCUAUUCCAAACUACAUGUGAAUCUUCUUUAUUACGCUUUAUUAUAAGGUUCCAAUACAAAUGUUUAAAUAAAAACAAGUUUAUUUA